CUUGUCUCUGCAGUGGCGGCCCUCACGGUGCUUUCGGCUGGAGGACAUCGGGCCCAGCAUCGGCCUCAGACCCAGCUCCCAACCCUAGCCCUCGGUCCCGGACGCCAUGGCGAGCUCCCUGGGAGCGGCCGCGGGGAGGGGCGGCCGAGCGGAUUUCAGCCAGAGAGGAAGCAGAGUGACCCUGGGGAGCAAGGCCAGGUCCUCCAGCGCGCCCCAGGCUCCGAAGGGGCCCAGGAGCAGAGGGCCCUCCGGCCCUGGGCGGCCGACGCCGGGUCAGCUCGCCCGCGCCUGGAACCGCGGGGGCCGCUUAAGAGAACUGCGGGCCAGAUGUCUGGCCAGAAAGUUCUUCCUUUUGUGGGCGCAGCGGACCUUCGGGAGAGUCUCCCCCUUCAGAGCCAGGAACCACUAUGAGAGGAGGCUCCUGCAGAAGACCUUCGGGGAGUGGCGGGAGGAGUGGUGGCUGUGCCGGCGAGAGUGGAAGCUCCGGGUCCGAGCCGACUGCCACUACAGGUACUCCUUGUACAAUGUGACCUUCCAAGCCUGGCGCACGUACGUCCGGCGGCGCCGAGACCAGAGGCUCAAGCAGCGCAGAGCCGAGGCCCACGCGGCCAGGCAGACCCUGCGGCCGGCCUGGAAGCACUGGCUCAUCUACGUGGACGUCCGUCGCACCAAAAGGGAGAUGCGCGCCGCGGCGCAGGGAUUCCGGCAGCAGAGCCUCCUGCGCGUGCCUUGGGGAGCGUGGCAGCGGCGGGUGCGGAGACGCCGGGAGGACCGCGCCAUGGACGCCUUGGCCCUGCAGCACUGGAGCAUCAGCCUGCAGUUCUGGGCUUGGUCUCAGUGGCAGCAGCAACUCCUGCGUGUCCAGAUCAUCCAGAGGAAGGAGACGGAGGCCGUCAGGCACUGCCAAGGCCGAGAACGGCACAGGGCCCUGAGAGCCUGGAGGAGCUACGUGCGGGGCCGCCGGGAGAAGCAGCACCGGGCCCAGCUGGCCGGACAGUUCCGCUGCGCCACCGUGGUCCGGGCGGGCUUCUUGGUCUGGCGGGCGGCCUGGGAGCAGAGGAAGCGCCUCCGUGCGCAUCAGGCGCAGAUUGAGGCGCUGGCGGUCCGCACGGCCCUGCGGCACGCCUUCGAGCGCUGGAAACACUACAUGCUGGUCUCUGCCGAGGAAGCCGCCUCCUGGGUCGCGGCAGAGGAGCAUCAUCGGCACCGGCUGAUGCUCAGCGGCUUCCGGGCCCUGAAGGAGAACGUGGCGAGGUCCCGACUGCACCGCUUGAGGAAGAACCUGGCUCACGGGCAGUACCAGGCCAUGCUUCUGCAGAGGUUCUGGCACAUCUGGUGUGCUCGAGUGGAACAGAGGGAGGAUGCGAAGCAGCUGCCCCAGCUCCUGCGCGCCCUCAGCCACCACAGGGAAGUCCUGUUGCACAAGUGCCUCCGGCUGUGGUCCCGGAAUGCCCAGGACAUCCGACAUGAGAAGGCGCAGUCCGCCAAGGCCGAACACUUCUAUCGGACCAGAAGCCUGUCCGUCCUCUUUGGAGCCUGGAAAAGCUUCAGCUGCCAGCGGCGGGCACAGCGGGCAUGGGGGGCAGAGGCUGCGAGCUUUCACAGGGAAUCGGUGACGAGAUGGGCCUUUGAUACGUGGUGGCAGAAGAUGUGCCUUCAGCGAGAAGUGCGAUUGUCCCAGAGAAUGGCCAUCCUCCACGCCGAGCGGCGGGUGCUCCGGAGCGUCUGGUUCACGUGGCGCCGGCGGGCGGCCGAGCUUUCCAUGGAGAGGAGGGGCCAGGCCGCGGCUUGUGCCCAUCACCGCCUCGGGCAGCUGCGGAAGGCGUUCCGGAUCUGGAAGGAGAACCUUCGCACCCUCCAAGACCAGCGCACCGGGGCGCUGAGAGCGGAAGCGUUCCACGCGGGGCUGCUGCUGCGCCUGUCCUGGAGCAGGUGGCGGGAGUACGUCGCCAGGCAGAAUGCCAAGUGGGAGAAGGCGGUCCGCGCCCAUCGCCACUACCGCCGGACGCUGCUGCGCAAGGCCUUGGCCGCGUGGAUGACUUACCAGGAAAGGGUCAAAGUGGUCCUGGGCCAGGUGGCAGAGAGAGAAGAGCGGCACCAGCGGGAGCACCUGCGGUGGGCAUUGGCCCUUUGGAGGGAAAAUGCCUUGGCCCGGAGAGAGGAGGCCCAGAAGAUCCUGUGGGCCGAGGAGCACUACAGGAGGACCAUCCUGCGGAAGGUGUUCGUCCGUUGGAGGGACACGGCGUUCCUGAGGGCCCACACGCGGCAGCAGGAGGCCACGGCCCUCAGCGAGGCCAGGAGGCAGCUGGGGCGAGGUCGCCUUCGAGUCUUGUUUCAGCGCUGGCGGGAACGGGCCCGGGGCGCUUCCCAGCAGAGGCUCCGGCUGCAGCGGGCCGCCCGGCACCACGGCGCGAGGCUGCUCAGGGCCGCCUGGGCCCGCUGGAGGGCGUACCACGCCCAGUGCGUCCGCAAGAAGCUCCUGCAGAGACUGGCCGCCCGGCUGGAAGCUCGGAGACUUUGCCGCAGCUGCUUCUCCACGUGGAAGCACCAGCUCGGGGAGAGGCGGCAGGAGCAGCAGGCCACGGUUCGAGCCCUCUGGUUCUGGUCCUUCACGCUGCAGGGAAAGGUCUGGGACGCGUGGCUGGGGUUCGUGCUGGAGCGGAGGAGGAAGAAGGCCCGGCUGGAGCGCGCGGUGCUGGCCUACCACGGCGGCCUGGUUCACGAGGGCGUCACGCGCCUCCUGAGGUUCACGGCCGGCAUGAAGAGCUUCCGCGGGCGCCUCCACGCCCGGCAGCAGGCCCAGGUGGCCUUCAACCUGCAGCGGGUGGUCCGGCGCUGCGCCACGCGCUGGAAGCACAAAGCCUUGGCCAAGGACUCUCGGGGGGCCGCUUCCCGGAAGAGGGUGACCUUCGAGGUCCCCCCCGCCGCUGCCCCCCCCGGUGCUGCCGGGGAAGCUGCCCCGGACGCGGAGCGGUCAGAAGCUCCCCGGGGGCCCCGCAAGUAUUGGGGCUGGCCCCUGCAGUUGGCUUCUGGAGACCCCCAGCUCCCUGACCUGAACGCCAUGCGGGCUGUGAGAAAGCCGCCCCGUUGUCCCAGCUUCCUCCUGGACUCUCUGGAGAGGGACGGCUUGGCUGGGCGCCUGGAGUCUGGGUGCAGGCCCCUGCUCUCUGCCCCGCCCGGCCCCUCCGCCUCUCUGCUGGCAGCGGGACCCGGCGGCAGGACCUGCACGGAGGCUCCUGCCCGUGGGCCCCUCCACGCUGAGGCUGCCCCGCCGCCCCCCUGCUCCGUGGAAGGUGACCCAGACCCUCGGGACAGGCGCGCCGUUGCCGUGGCUCCCUCCGAGCCGGGCGCUCAGGAGCCUGCGACCGCUCUCGCCACGACCGGCCGCGUCCAGCCUGGCGGCGCCCAGCUUCCCCUGGAGGCCUCGCUGGGGAGCAAGGGGAAGCCCGGCCCGGGAGCCGCAGGGGCCGACGCGGGGAGAAGGGCGCUGGGCAUCCUGGGAGACGGCGGAGAGCUUGAGGCUGAGCUCGAGGAGAUCCAGGAGAAGCUGCUCAGUUACUGGGCCAAGAAGCAGAGCCUCAGGUCCUGGCAGAGACAGGCGAGCAGCCUCAGGGAGUGGCUGGAGCUGAGCGUGGGGGACCCCCGGCCCGAGGAGGCGGCGGCAGGACUGCAGGUUCGGCUGGAGCUUCAGCAGGCGGAGGAGCAGAUCGGCCGCCUGACGGAGGAGCUGCGAGCCCAGCGGCAGCAGGUGCAGGGCUACCUGGCCCGCAUCCGGCUCCUGAGGGCCACCAUCUUGUAGCUCCAGGGGCCCGCGCUCUCCCUUUCCCCUCCCCGCCUGCGGACGGACAGACACACCCCAUUUGUCGCACUGGCCAGAUCUGGGGGGACGGUGAAAGAGAGGGGCCCACAGCGAGCUGUUUGCAAUGUAAUCUUUUUUAUUGGAAAAUGUUUGCAAUUAAAUGAGCGCCUGUUCCCCGG